GUCCCAUUACCGGAAGUUAAUGUCUCUAGAAAUUCCAGCGUAAACAUGAUGCAACCUCCAAUUAUUUUGUUAAAAGAAGGGACUGAUACCUCCCAGGGUGUUCCUCAGAUAAUCAGUAAUGUCAAUGCCUGCCAAGCCAUCGCAGAUGCUGUCAGAACCACACUGGGCCCUCGGGGCAUGGACAAGUUGAUAGUUGGUGAUGGAGGAAAAGCUGUGAUAUCAAAUGAUGGUGCCACCAUUUUAAAAACAUUAGAUAUUGUUCAUCCAGCAGCAAAAACAUUGGUUGAUAUUGCUAAAUCUCAAGAUGCUGAGGUUGGUGAUGGUACCACCAGUGUUGUACUAUUAGCUGGAGAGUUUCUUAAAGAAGCGAAACCAUACAUAGAAGAGAAAGUUCAUCCUCAAGUUGUUAUUCGAGCAUUCAGGAAAGCUGGACAUUUGAUGAUCCAGAAAAUUAAAGAAAUAGCUAUCAAAAUCAAAAAGGAAAACCCAGCAGAAUUGAGAGAACUGUUAGAGAAAUGUGCUGCUACCUCAUUAAGUUCCAAGUUAGUAGCUGCUCAGAAAGAUUUCUUCUCCAAGAUGGUGGUGGAUGCCGUCAUGAUGUUGGAUGAGUUGUUGCCCUUGAAUAUGAUUGGUAUUAAAAAGGUUCAAGGAGGAGCUUUAGAGGAUUCCAUGUUAGUUGCUGGUGUAGCCUUUAAGAAAACUUUCAGUUACGCUGGUUUUGAGAUGCAGUCUAAAACAUACACGAAUCCUAAGAUAGCAUUAUUAAACAUUGAACUAGAAUUGAAAGCAGAGAAAGAAAAUGCUGAAGUCAGAGUUAAUUCUGUGGAGGAAUAUCAAUCUAUAGUGGAUGCUGAAUGGAAGAUUCUUUACGAUAAAUUAGAAACUUUAUAUAAAAGUGGAGCCAAGGUGGUGUUAUCAAAGUUACCUAUUGGAGAUGUGGCAACUCAAUAUUUUGCUGAUAGGGAUAUGUUCUGUGCUGGUCGUGUACCUGAAGAAGAUUUAAAGAGAACAAUGAAAGCCUGUGGUGGAUCCAUACAGACCACUGUACAAGGUUUAAAACCUGAUAUUCUAGGAACUUGUGAAAAUUUUGAAGAGGUUCAAGUGGGAUGUGAAAGGUACAAUGUCUUCAAGGGUUGUCCUCAAGCUAAAACCUGUACCAUUAUUUUACGAGGGGGUGCUGAACAAUUCAUGGAAGAGACUGAAAGAUCUUUACAUGAUGCCAUUAUGAUUGCUAGAAGAGCCAUGAAGAACGACUCGGUAGUUGCUGGAGGUGGAGCUAUUGAAAUGGAACUGAGUAAAUAUUUACGAGAGCUAUCACAAACUAUAGCUGGUAAAGAACAAUUGUUAAUGACAGCUUUAGGAAAAGCUUUAGAAGUGAUUCCACGUCAACUAUGUGAUAACGCUGGGUUUGACGCCACUAAUAUUCUCAAUAAGCUACGACAGAAACAUGCUGAAGGUGGUACAUGGUUUGGAGUCAAUGUAAUGACUGAAGACAUCUGUGAUAAUUUCCAAGGGUUUGUUUGGGAACCGUCUGUAGUAAAAAUAAACGCUUUAACAGCUGCCAUAGAAUCGACCUGUCUUAUAUUAUCAGUGGAUGAAACUAUCAGGAACCCUAAAGCAGAAGGUGGUGGACCCCCUGGGGCUGGUCGUGGAAGAGGUCGACCUAUGUAGUUUAUAUCAUAUAUAGGACUUUAUUCAAUUUACUUAAAAUGGCUCAAGUGAUCUGUUGAAGAUGUUGGAUUUUAGAACUGCAACUAGAAUUUUAAGGUUAUUACAUGUACUGAUGUAUUUGGUUUAAUACUUUAGCAUCAGUUUAAGGCUUUAAGCGAAUUUCUUGGUUAAUUUCCAUUGGACUGGUAUGUAGAAGUUUCAGCUUACAAGAUCUUUAGCUAAAAUGCAUGAUGUAUGGAGCUCAAAACCAAAGGUCUGCAAGAUUAUGUUGAAGGAUUUAAAAUUUCACAUAAGCUGCAGAUUAUAUAUGCCAUUUAUGAGCUGUGGACAUAUCAAUUCUAUUUCCAAGCCAGUCUUCAAUAGAUCAGAAACUAAAAGCCUUGCAUCUCAUUAUUCUCCGGUUUCACAAUGUUUGCUUCAUGUUUAUUUUAUAUUCGUAAUUUAUUUAAAAUUGUCCAUCUUAAGAGUGCUAUCGAUUUCUAUCAAUUUUCUACAUCAUUACCAUCAAUAAAAAGUUUAUUUACAUU